CGGCGGCGACGGCGGCGGCGAAGACUCCCAGAAUGCCUAGCAGAUCCCAAGGUUGGUUUCGUGGACAAAGAAGUCAGGAAUGCGUGUUAUUUAGUCAUACAAGUUUUGUUCUGCUUACCUUUGUGACUUGUAAUGGAGAAAAGUAGUUAUUACUCGAACUUACAGCUUAAUAAAACCAGAAGAUAAGAGAAUGGUAUGGAUUAAAUUUUGGAAAUCUGGUAUCACUACAUAGUGAUACAAAUCCUUUGUUGCAAGGCUAUAAUACUUGGCAUACUGUUUCUAGUGAUUGAUGGUGUAUCACAUAGACCAAUGUAAUGUUUACCACUUGGAGAUCAGCUGACAGGCUGCUGCAGGAUGUCUUUACUAAAUGGCAGUGGGUCCCCUAAGAAGAGGAAAGUUGUACAGGUGAUACUCUUAAGUGGGGCUGAAUUCAAGACAUAUGUAGAUGUCAAAGCUAAAUUCCAUGAGGUUUUCAAUGCAGUUGUCAUUCAGCUUGGAUUAAGAGAGACAGAGUACUUUGGAUUAUCUCUUUUAAAAGACGGCGAACAUCACUUUGUUAACUUGGAUGAAAAAAUUCACAAACAAGCAACAAAAGGAUGGAAGUCUGGACGAGGGGAGGGUUUUGAUAACAAAGGCAAACCUCUGUUAAUUGUCUAUUUUCGUGUACAAUUUUAUGUUGAUGAAGUUUGCUUAUUAAGGGAAAAAGUAACUAGACAUUUGUACUAUCUACAGUUGAAAGAGAAUGUUUUGAAAUACCGGCACUUCUGCAGUAAGGAACGUUGUUUCCAGUUGGCAGCUUUUGCUCUACAGGCUGAUUUUGGUAACUACUAUCCAGAAAAGCAUAAAUCUGGAGACUAUUUUGAUCCUCGAAAAUAUUUCCCUGCUUGGAUGGUUGGGGAACAUGGUAAAGAAUACCUCAUUGAAAAUGCUCCCAAGAUGCAUAAAGAACAACAUGAUGUCACAAGGAAUGAAGCAGAACUGAAAUUUAUUCGAGAGUCUAUUAAAUAUCCUGCUGCUCAUAACUUACAUUUUUACCGUUUAAAGAAGAAGAAAACAGACAAAAUUUGGAAUGCAUGGCUGGGUAUCUGUCCCAAGGGGGUAGAAAUUUAUGAGGAAAUGACUGAAGACUUCAAGAGUCUUCUCUCGACAUUUCUGUGGCCAGACAUAGAAAAGUUAUAUUUCGAUAAAAAGAAGUUUGAAAUUCGUUCAGUUGGUAAACCAGAAGGACGCAAGUUUACUUACUAUACAGACAGUGAUGCCAAAUCUAAAUACAUUCUGUCCAUAUGUCGUAAUACUCAUAUGUUCCAUUUGGAACUGGAGCCAAAAUUGAUGGAAAUUCGACACUUACAGGCAGAAGAUAAGCGAAGAUAUCGUGAAUCAUAUAUCUAUAGUGAUGCACGUGAUAUGGUAGCUAAUGGUGGUUUGGUGUGGAACACACCAUCAGGAACAGGAAGGGGUACUACUGGGGUUGUACAACGUUGUUCAGUUGUCAGUGAUGCUAGUUCUAACACCACAUCAGGCAUUGUUAGUGACAAGGUACCAGUAAGUUUUGAUGAAAAUGAAGAUCAUGGAAGAGAAAUCAUUAUUGACAGUCCACCCAGGUCAAAUGUGUUGGGUACACCUAGUCAAGGACAGAACAAAUUUUCCCUCCAGCCUAGAGAAGUUCAUUCUGUACCCUCCUUAUCAGAUUAUAUGUUAUCAGCCCCAGGAUCAAAUAACAGAAGCCCUAAAUUUGAUAGCAGGCCAAUAGAAGUGUAUAAAUCAACCGGUCGUGCUGGGAGUAGCCCCAACUCAAAGUCUGCCAGUCCGCAUUCCCCCAGCAGUUAUAGAGGCCACCUACGUCAACAACCACCCCAACCAACAGCACCACCUCCACCUCCUCCACCACCACAACAGCAACAGCAACCACCACCACCUCCUCCACCAACAUCAGCACAGCAGCAGCAACAACAGCAACAACCAUCUCCUCAACCUGGCCAACUAAAUUCUGCCACACCUUCUCCUCAACAGAUUAUAUUUAAUGGCAAGAUUCCUCUAAAGUAUGCAAUAACUGGGCCUCCAACCCCUGUGAUUUCACAACAAUCAACUCCAGGAGAAAAACCUAGCAAACCAGUAAGUCGGGGCGACAGCUUCAAGCAACGUUGUCUUCUCCACGUAGAAAACAAUUCUUCUGGAGAACCAAAUACUUUAGCAGUAGACAAUCCUGAUAGCACUGCUACCAACCUUUAUUCAUUACCACCUCCUCUUUCUGUUGUUCAUCCAGUCAGCUUAGACUCACGGUUGCAUCCGAAAAACAUGGUUCCACUCCCUUCUGUCAACUAUAAUUGCCCAUCAUCCAACCAGAAUCUUCCUUCAACAUCUGCUGCCAUUGAUCAUAUCGGUGGUGCAUCUUGGGCAAAAAUGGUUGCAUUGGACUCUAUUUCACCUUGUGGUGCUGGUGUAGCUUGGGGAGGUGGUGGUCUGCCACCAGGACCUCCUGAUAAAUUAAGUCCUUCACAACUGAAUAAUGUUUGGACAAAUAAUGAAUCUCCAGUUGCUGGUGCUUGGAAUAAAAACUUGACUGCCAUAUGCACUGACCAAAUGACAUGUCCUAUAUCUGCUGGGUCUCAAUGGAAAUCUAUACCAGCAGCCCCUUCUGAUCCUUCCUGGACAGCUGAUCCCAUGUGUAAUAUAGUAAAAACUGAUCCAGUUGUGAUCCCAAUGGCAAGGGCAACAUAUAGUGCCAUUGAUGGUGCUCCAAAACAUGUUUUACCUGAUGUAUUAUUACCAGAACUUCCACCCCAGCGAACUACAGACACAAACCUACUGUCAGCAACAUCAGCAACCACUCCAACUAUUCCCCCUAAAGCUGCACCCACUGCUGAUGUACUGGACCUUGCUAAUCAUACACAGCAGUCAGAAUCUGUUAAUAUGAAUGUAGAGAAUGUAACAUCACCUUCAUCAAAUACAGAAGCGACAAAUAUGACCUCUAACUCUAGUGGUAACACUAACCAGCUUUUGGGCAAUGCGAGGGAGAAAUCUACAAGAACUGUACCUGUUGAUUCAACUGUCGAGGGUCACAGAAAUCAGGCACCAGCCCCUGAUUCUGUCGGUCCGGUUGAUUCAAAUCUUCAUCUACACCACCCACCCACUGUAGCUGCUCUCUCACAACCCCAACAGCUGCCUGGUUCUAGCACAGCUACCUCAGAUCCUGACAGCAGUGUCUCUAAUACAGAUGCCAAACCAAAAUCACCAACCAAGAUUUCUCUGAAAAACCAAAAAGAAAUUUUACACCCAGAGUUGGAGAAAAUCAGAACUGAGGCCAACCGGAACUCGGUGCCUUUCAUUACUGCACUCUUUAACGAUCAUUUAUUAUUGAUGCAACACAGCAGUAGCAGUUUUUGCUCUACUGACACUGGCACCAUAAAAUCCACCGAUUCACGGCAUUCUACUGCAUCAAACCAUGAUAUGGAUGGUCGGCGCUUAUCUGCUUGUUACCCGAGCAGCACUGGUACUAUGAUAAUGUGCCACUCGACACGGCCUUACAGCUGGCACAAUGAGAAGUUUGACUUGGACUCGCAGCUUGGCUACAAUGUUGGUGGCAAUGGCGCCACGUCUCCUGCGGGUCUUUCACCCAGUUACUUCAACAAUCAUCACAGUGAGCCAAACACCUUGAAUAACUUCACCACACCUCUGCCUACCUCAUGGACUCAUUCAAUAGCAUGCAUGCCUGGAUGUGGACAGUCUUUGAAUACAUACAACCCACAGAAUAUUGCCUCUCAGCACAUGAUUCCUGCGAGGCUGUCUUGUGGUGGACAUGAUAAAAAUGAAGGCUCAAUGCCCCACAAAACUUUAAAAGAAAAUAUAGGAAUUGCAUAAUGAUUUUACACUAAUUUAUACCCUUUCCUUCUCUCUCUCUCUUUCUCUCUUCCUACUAUCAACAGACUUUUUGUGUUCUUUUGUAGAUAUAGUUCCUUCUUCCUAUAAUGCUCCUUCCUUGCCUGACUCCUCACCUCUCAUUCUUGGAGGGGAAUGUUGUUUCAAAGUUGUUAACAAGGUUGUUUAUUUUUCUAUCCAAUCCCAUUACACCACCCAACUAUAUCCUCAUGUAAAGAUAAAAAAAAACUAUGUAAUUUAUUCAAAAUACCAGCAAUUAAUGCUGCAAACUAACAAAAAAAAGUGGGGCUUUAUUCACGAUUUUCUUUUUUAUUUUAUCUUGUUAAAUCAUACAAACUUAUUUUAUUAUUAUUAUUUAUUUCCUUUGUAAGAAUACAUUUAAAAAAAUGGCCAUCUUGAAAACUCACAUUUUGUUCAUGGCCACUCAUACUCAAGGUUAUUUUGAGAACAUUUCUAUAAUGUAUGUGUGUGUAUAUAUGUAUACAUAAACGUAUUCAGCAAUUUUUGAAAGCUGCUAAUUUAUGGGUGGGGGGUAAAUUUGGUGAGUUUGUAUCUUCUGAUUUAUUGAUUUAAAAAAAAAAAAA